AUGGGAAAAGUUUGUGUUACAAUAAAGAGAUUUUACCCUCCAUUAUCUUUCAAGUUGCCACAACCAAGUUCAUCCUCUCCAAUUGCUGCUCCCAUGGAACAAAAUUUGAACCAAUUAGAAGAGCAACCUCAAUCCUCUAAAAGACAAAGACAAGGAAUAGAUCUUUAUUCUUUACCAGUUGAUCCAAAGGAGAGAAUACCCAUUAGAGAUUAUCAUCCAAAUGAGCGUGAUGAGAUUAGAAGAGAAUAUCUCCAAAGAGGUCCUUACCAACUCCGAUAUCAUAAGUUUCCUCAAAGAGAUUUUUCGGGCUUAAAGCGUCGUUUCAAUCCUAAAUGGUUUGAUGAAUAUCGUAAUUUGUUGGAGUAUAGUGUGAUAGAAGAUGCAGAUUAUUGUUUGUGUUAUUACUUGUUUCAAGAUGAAGACAUUCAUCAAGGUGGAGGCGAUGUAUUUUCAAGUUUAGGAUUUAAGAGUUGGCAAAAAAAGAAGAGAUUCGAUAUUCAUGUUGGUAAGUCGAGUAGUAUUCAUAAUCAUGCAAAAAGGAAAUGUGAAGAUCUAUUAAAACAAAAACAGUCAAUUCAAACUUCAUUUGAUAGGCAAUCCAGUCAAACCAAGCUCGAAUACAAAAUUCGCUUGAAGGCUUCAAUUGAGGUUGUGAGACUCCUAUUGAAUCAAGAAUUGGCAUUCCGUGGACAUCGUGAAGAUGAAUUAUCAUUAAACAAUGGUAACUUUCUUGAUAUUCUUUCAUGGUAUGCAGAGAGCAAUUAUGGAGAUCUAAAUGGAGACUUUUUUGCAUUGCUAGUUGAUGAAUCAUGUGAUGUAUCACGUAAAGAGCAAUUAGUUAUUGUCUUGCGAUAUGUUAAUAGACGUGGAUCUGUGGUGGAGCAUUUUAUUGGGAUCGUUCAUGUUCGUAAUACUAGUGUUUUAUGUUUAAAGAAAGCAAUUGUUGAUUACCUUGCUCAACAUUCUUUGAGUUUAUCUUAUGUGCGUGGACAAUGCUAUGAUGGAGCAAACAACAUGCAAAGGGAUUUACGUGGCCUCAAAACUUUGAUUCAACAAGAAAGUAAAUCUGCUUAUUCCAUUCAUUGUUUUGCACACCAACUUCAAUUGACUCUUGUUGCGGUAUCCAAAAAGUAUCUUGAAGUGGGAGAACUUGUAUUGUUAGUUUCUAAUGUAUUGAAUAUAGUGGGAGGUUCUUUUAAAUGUAUGGAUGAUCUUCGAGAAUCUCAAGCAGAAAAAGUUCAAGAGGCAUUAGACAUGGGUGAACUUGAAACUGGUAGGGGUUUGAAUCAAGAACUUGGUCUUGCCAGAGUUGCCGAUACUCAUUGGGGUUCGCACUACAAAUCUUUUAAGAACUUUAUUUUUAUGUUUGGCUCAAUUAUUGAUGUUCUUGAUACUAUCGUUGUUGAUGCCCAAACUUUAGAAGGAAGAGCUAAGGCAAAGGGAUAUCUUAGCACUUGUCAAACAUUUGAGGUUGCUUUCAUGUUGCACCUAAUGAGAGAUAUUUUGGGGAUCACAAAUGAGCUUAAUACAUCCUUACAAAAAAAGGAGCAAGAUAUUACAAAUGUUAUUCUACUUGUUGAAGUGGCAAAGAAACGGUUGCAAAAGCUAAGAGAAGAAGAAUGUGAUUCACUUAUUGAUAAGGUGUCUGCAUUUUGUGUCAAGUAUAAUAUUUUGAUACCAAACUUUGAUGACUUCUAUGUUAACUCCGGAAGUUUUGACAUAAACAAGAUAUUGAUGACGGUUGAAUUGUAUCCUGAUGAUUUUGAUGAGAAUAUAAUGAUUACGCUCAAGAAUCAACUUGAAACUUAUAUUGUUGAUGUUCGUGAUGUUGAUGAAAGGUUCUCAAAUCUACAAGGACUUGUUGAUCUUUCUGAUAUACUAGUUAAGACAAAGAAGCAUUUGAAUUAUGCAUUUGUGUUUCGCCUUGUGAAAUUUGCUUUGCUUCUACCAGUUGCCACUGCUAUAGUUGAAAGAACUUUCUCGGCGAUGAUGUUGAUCAAGAGUGAAUUGCGAAACCGAAUGAAUGACGAAUUCAUGAGCGGAUGUUUG